UUUAGUAGUAUGCCCACAUCCGGCUCGUAAGCAUCUCUUACGUUGGGGACUAUAUCGCAUGGUUUCCUAUGAUCGCCACGAGGUCGCGCCACAUUUUUAGGGAGAAAAGUAUACAACUUCAGUUUUGUGUGUUUAUUGCGAGGAUCGGUUCGAGUUCGUUUCUUUUUAAUUUUAACUCCUGUCGUGAUCGCGAAGGAAUCGCUCGAAAGCAUGCAGAUAGAUCACCCCGAGUGUGCUACCAAUCGAAUCGUACACUAAAGUUCUUCCAUGCUAAUUGUUGAAUUAGCUGACCAUAUUUGUGCGAUAUAUUUUUUCCGUUCGAAAUAUCAAAUGCCAACCUGAAGGAAAAAACGAAGUGGAAUGAUAGUACACAUUCUCAGUGGCAGAAAAUUAAUAACAAAAAGAAGACAAACUCGUGCGAUGAUUCGCUGUCCAUGUGUUGGUGUUUUCGCCAUUCGUGUGCCUAUGUGUUGUUUUUAAGUCAUGUUACUUAAGCGCCGCGAAUGCGAAAAAUACAGUGUUUGCGUAAAAUUUAGCGUAAGUCGUAGUGUUGUGUUUGGGUGAAAAAUGUCCACACGCAAACUAAACCCGUCUUUUGCGUUUUUUUAUAUGUGCGACGUUUCCUACCGUCCUGAAAUAAUUACUUUCCGAAGCAAAAGUGCCAACCGAGUGAAUCCAAUGUACCGAAAAGAAACAUCGACAAUCAGACAGCUCGAUGAUAAUACAUGUGUCGAUAAGUCGUUUAUUUUUCGAUUAGUAGAAAAGAAAACUUGUUUUGAAUGAAAGUAGUGCGGAUAAUAGUGAAGUUGUUGUUUCCAGUGAAGUAUGUUAUCAGAUUAAGAAUCAGUGAACGGUGAAAAGUAAACAGAAGCUAAUAGUCCCUCGUACGUCAGGCAAAAAUAAUAAAAAUAAUUGAAAAUAUUAAAACAAGUGUAUUUUUGCCCUCUCGGAGGAGUGCCGAUGAGUUUGAGAGGCAAGAGUGCGUGCGUGUGUGUGCUGAAGACGUAAAGUGAGUACGAAAAUAUUGUUCUGCGACAAGAAUAUUGGCACAAGUGAAUUGUGAGUAAACAUAGCAAUACGUUGGUAUUGUCUAACGUGCGGGAAUUCACAUUUCACAUCGUAACGAGCAAAAGCAAAAUCGUGCAUAAAAUCGUAAACAAAAGCUUCAGGAACGGCAGAUCGGGCUUCGGAGAUGGAUUCAUUUGGUUCACCCUGGCCGGCAUCGCCACGCGGCGGCCUUGAAGGUCUGUCCAACGAUGGCGUUCCAAUGGAUGCCCUCGCCGAGCUACAGGACGGAACGUUUGAGCCACAGACACGUGCUCGUUCCAAUACCUGGCCUCUGCCUCGGCCGGACAACUUUGUAGAACCGGAAGCAGAAUCCGAAAGCAAUAAGUGUAGUAAUCAGCAGUUGGCAAGUGCAGGUGCCAAUGGAAGUCAACCGCAAUCAGCGUCAUCCACCACCAAGAAAAAUUCAUCGCGUCGCAACGCUUGGGGUAACCUGUCGUACGCUGAUUUAAUUACACAAGCAAUUAGUUCAGCAAGUGAUAGCCGACUAACGCUCAGCCAGAUAUAUGAAUGGAUGGUGCAGAAUGUGCCAUAUUUUAAAGAUAAGGGUGACUCCAAUAGCAGCGCAGGAUGGAAGAAUUCAAUCAGGCACAAUCUAUCACUGCACAACCGGUUCAUGCGAGUACAGAACGAAGGAACCGGCAAAUCGUCCUGGUGGAUGCUGAAUCCGGACGCGAAACCCGGCAAAUCGGUUCGUCGGAGGGCCGCAUCGAUGGAGACAUCCAAGUACGAGAAGCGAAGGGGCCGAGCGAGGAAACGGGUCGAAGCGAUACGACAGCAGGCGGCCCUAGGACUAGCGACAAACGUACUAAACGAUGCCACCCCUUCACCCAGUAGUAGCGUUAGUGAGAACCUAGACUCGUUUCCUGAAAGCCCGCUGCAUAGUGGUAACUUCCAACUGUCCCCCGACUUUCGGCAACGUGCCUCAUCGAAUGCGAGCUCUUGUGGUCGUUUAAGUCCGAUCCAAUCGAUAGUGGGCAUCGAAAACACCUGGACCUAUCCGCCGGACCUAGAUGAACUGGCGGACAAUCCCGAUGCAGGGCAAAAUGUGGAAACGGAACUCAACGCACAGGGACAGGCUCAGCUCGAUCAACUGGCUGGAUCACUUGCAGACGAACUUACCCUGCAGCAGACUGAUUUCUUCAAAGGGUUCAGCCAAACCACGAGCAUUCAUAGCCAACCUCCACCACCAUAUCAGCCUCCACAGCCGUACUCACUACAUGCGACGGUAGCGCAACCUUUCGGUUUCCAACAGCAGCAGAACCAGUGUCCCAUCCAUCGUCUACAACAGUGCACCUGUAUGCUACAAAAUAACACCCGUGAGAGCAUGUCACCUGCGUCUGGAACCGGAAUGUCUCCGUCAUAUCCACACAGUGAACCAUCGCCGGAUUAUGCCAUGCUGGUGGGGGCCCGUGUGAUACAACGAACGCCCUCUGCCAGUCCCCCACUGACGCCCAACACUGUUUGCAAUAUGGUGACAGCGACAUCACAAAGCGAUAACACUCCGCAAACGUUAAUGGGACAAUUUAUGGAAGCGUUAAAUAGUCAAACCAAUAUUGACGAUAUAAACAUCAACUUGGAAUCUUUCCCCGGAGGGCUGGAGUGCAAUGUCGACGAAGUGAUAAAACACGAGCUUAGUAUGGAAGGAUCUCUGGAUUUCAAUUUCCCAAUGUCGAACCACAGCACAUACACACCCACAAACAGUUCCAACUCGCAGGACUCGACAAUCAGUGCAAUAGCCGCAACGCCAAACCAGGCAACGGCACCGCAUAGCCACGGUCAAUAUACGGCCCGAACAAGCGUCACACCACCAUCCUGGGUCCACUGAGGGUGGCUGUGAAUUGGAGCAUACUUGAUGGGUUCACCUUCGUGAAUGAUUGGAUUUGUGGCAACUAAAGGAAGUAUGCUCCAAUCUGCUUCUAAUCAAAAGAUGGCAGCAAACCACUACAAUUUACCAAGGAAUAUGCUCAUUUGUGAUUGAUGUACCGAAAUACAUCGAUUCCAGCAUCAUAUAAACGGAUACUUACAACGCAGGACGAUAUCACGACACGUACCAUAGUUCAAAUCUAUGUCUCAUCUACUCGUUACAUGAUCAUUGAUUAAGCGAUCCAAACCAACAGUUAUGUAGAAAGGCAAUAGUUUUGAUCGGUCUACGCAGAUGGAACAUUGCAUGCAAACGUUAUUUCAUAGCAAAAUAAAACAUCUGACAGCAAAAUUCUACAGUACGGGCUCAUCAAUAAGACAAGUUAUCAAAUUAAACGCUGUUUUUUUAAGUUUAAAUAGAACCAAGCAGGUUUGUAUAUUAAGGUAAAGAGUAAAAUUAUGGUUUAUUAUAGUUUCGUUUAACGAGGAAGCAUAACGAACACGUUUAAUCAGUUUGUUGACAUUUUUUGUUAGGAGAAAAUCGAUACUGUAAACAUAGUUUAGUAGUUAUUGGCGGAAGAGAAAUAGGUAGUGAUAUUAAGGCAUACGCUAGGUAAGAAAUUGGUGCUUAUUAUUUCCUACACACCCCGUCGGCGUAGAAUUCAACACACGCAACAGGUGGUCGGUUAAAUUAGGCACGGCCUUUUCUUUUCACGCAGUAGGCGGUGAAAGUGUAUGCUGGCAGUAGCGAGUACACAAACCAAACAUCCACCGCCUACUGUGUGGAUAUAGAAGCGCGCAUGCCAGCAUUGUAAGCUUUUUGCUCAAUUCAGAACGCCAUCUGUGGAUUGCGUUUGCUUUUCGUUUGGUUAUUUCGGGGAAAAAGCACAAAAUGCAACAUGAGAAAGGAAAAUUCUAAAUGAUACAUUUAGUUUUGAGGGUUCUGCUUUACGUUCUAGGAUAACCAGUGCCAUUUAAAGAAUCUUGUAUGAAUUUCAACGUAUGCUAUAAUCCUCCUUAAAGAAGUAGUAGUGACCGGUUAAGUAGGUCGGCAUGCACGCCAAACUAAAACGGCAAGCGUGUGCAGCCAUUUUUUGUAAAUAGGUAUCUUUAACAAAUUGUAAAUAUAGUUACCAAAUGUAAAACACGGUAAGCAAAUGUCAGCUUUCCCUCCCUAAAAUAGGUGAUAGUUGAUCAAUCAUUGUUAUAGAAGAUCGUUUUUUGAAAGCGUCACUAGAGGGUUCUUCGAUUUUGCAAGAAUGAAAUUACUAGGCUAAACCUUAAAGGCGAUAAUAUUGUUUUAAUCACAUUUUGUACAUAUAAGUAAAGUAAAUAAACCAACUGAAGGUAACAUUUAAUCAUAAGCAAAUACAUCUAAUCAGUAAAAAAAACAAGUGGUUAGUAGAGAAAACGAGAAUAAAAUGUAUAUUCAUAGUAGAAGCUUGCUAUCUUGGAUACAAAACACUAAUAAUGAAAAAAAAUAAAAGCGAAUGACAACUGAUUGAUGAAAGCAGUGAAAACUAGAGCAAACACACACAAAUACCUUAAUCAAUAUCGUCGAAAUUAGAAAAACAAAUUGAUCUUCAAUGACCAAUGAAUAUCGUGAAAAUGAAUGUGUUCGUUAAAUUAAUUUUAAUUCCAUUUUCAAUUACAUUUGUAUUCCUUUUCCGGGGCCUGUUUUUGUGGUAAAAGGAAUCCAAUAGUAGCAAAAGGAGAAAGAAAUGAAAAGCAAACUGUUAUAAAACAUUGGAAACCGAAGAAACGAUGAUGCGGAACGAGCGUGAACGAGUGCAGACGUCAAUGGUAAUAUGUGGAAAAAUUGUUGCUUCGUACAAAUUAAUUUAUAUUACUGAAAUCCGACAAUGUGAAAAUGCGCAUAAUAUUGAUUUUGGGUUGUUGAAUAAAAUUGGAUCAAUAAA